AGCAGAGAGCCUAUAACUGUUGGAGUCAGUUUGUGUGACAGUCUGACAAACCCUGGACUGCUCCACUGACAGACUGGGAUCUGCUGGCUACUGGCAAACACAACACAAAGUAAUCACCCUACACUAUGUAUCACCUGAGGGUGCCUGUGUUUCUUCUGAUGCUGCUUGUGUUGCUGCAUUGUGUCGCCGCUGCCCCAAGCCACAGGUACUUCAGUCCCAGCUCAUCCAGCGAGCAGGAAAGUGCUCUUCCAGACGGCGAAGGCUGGUUAGCUCCAGGGUUUGUCUCUAACCCAUUCCUCGGCCUCAUGGGUACGCGGCCGCAGAGAGGGCUCACAGCUAUGAACAGCCACCACAUACAGAAGAGGAAGUGCAACACAGCCACCUGUGUCACUCAAAGGCUAGCAGACUUCUUGGUGCGCUCCAGUAACACCAUCGGCACCGUCUACGCACCCACCAACGUGGGAUCUGCCGCCUACGGCAAGAGGGACCUACUGCAGCCUCCCAGCUACCUGCCUCUCUAGUACUGACUGUAGAAACUGCACCAGCACUCCCAGUGCUCUGAUGAUAUAACCAGUCAUCUUAUGUAACAGCAAUUGUGAGAAUGACGGAGUGUUAUUGUGUUUAUUUUAUACUUUAAGAAACAGUGCCUUUAAUUUAAACCAUCAAACUCCAUUUGUAUGUUUUCCUGGAUUUGUUUGUGUUGUGGCUCUGUUAAUAAUGUUCCAUAAUGGCAUGAUAUGAAUAUAAAAAUACAUAAAAGUAAUAAAACAAUAAAUAAAAGAAAACAAAUGUAAAGCCAUAUGAAAUAAAUGUUAUCAUCUGUUGUUUUGAUAAUAAAAGUGUGAAAAUAUA